GUUCUUCGUGCCGACGCUGCGGGCGCUGGUCGCGCAGCCCUCCGCGGUGCAGCAGCUCGUGUCGUCCACGGCGCUGCCACAAGAAGACUUGACGCAGCACGGCGCGCGCUGCGCCCUGCACAUUCUCUGCCUCUCCUCAGGCAAUGCAGAGGGGCUGGGCAGCACGCGCAGGGCGGAGCUGAAGGCAGCAGCGGCGAGCCUCGGGAUAGCCCAGCAGUGCGUGGAGGUGGUGGACCAUCCGCAGCUGCAGGAUGGCAUGGACCAAUCCUGGCCGUCGGAUGUCAUUGCCGCCUUGGUCACUGACUUUGUCAAAAGGCACCGAAUACAAACGCUGCUCACAUUCGACUACUGGGGUGUGUCGGGCCACCCAAACCACCGUGCCAUCAGCCGUGCUCUCAGCACCAUGGUUGACAACGGGUCACUGGCAGUCCCCCUGUGGCACCUGAACAGUGCAUGGCUGCAUGUGAAGUUCCUGGGGCUGCUGGGGGUGGUGAUCAUAUGGAUGCAUUUCCUCAUCACGCACCACCUCAGCACGGCGGGCAGCAGGAUAUAUUUCAUCUGCCCGAGCAUGCUGCCAAGCGUGCAGGCAAUGCGCGCCCAUCGCUCCCAGUUCGUUUGGUUCCGGUGGCUCUUUGUGCUCUUCUCCGUCUACACCUUCCUCAACACCCUCUCUCGUGUUGCUCCUGCACCUCGCUCUCACGAGAUCAAGAAAUCUCAGUAG